AUGCCUCAUAAAUAAGAGCUCAGCAUGACAAAGAGGAUAGAAAGUAGGAUCCUGCCAGGUGCUGAUUGCUUGCAGUCCUAUGGGAUACAGUGUUACAUUUAAAGAGAUAACGCCUCACUGUGGAUGAGCCAGACACACACUUACAGAUCUAACCUUCCACAGUCUCUUCAAGAUGCUCAAGUAUAGGACACACAAAAGAAACAUGUCACCUACAGAGAGGAAGAGGGUCCUUAAAAUCAAAUCCGUAAAGCACCAUCCUCCUCUGCCUCUCCUGUUUGCAUUCUGCUGCCUGAGUGCUCUUCACUUUUCUGCAGGAUUUCCCCAGUCAGCAGCAGCACACUACGUGGAUGGAUUGGAUAUUCCAGAGAGUGAGAGACUAGCAUUCUGCUUCAGCCAAUGGACAGCGCUGUCAGAUCAAGAUCAACCCCAGAUAUCAAAUUUCGUCAUGGACCUUUGUAGCUCAAUUUACAACAGAAUGAAAGUAAAUGAGGAGAAUAAACAAGAAAUAUACAAAAGGUUUCUGUUUCACUACUCCAGAGCACAGGAUCCUGCCUUUAAAACUGGGGAAUCCCAAAUAUCUACAGAAGAGUUUACAAAAAAGGAUAGCUCCGGCACCGUGGGAAGACCUUUUUUCCUUUUUAGGCCUAGAAAUGGAAGAAAAGUUUCCACAGAAAACUAGUAUUACUUCCAUACUUCCUGAAAGAAUUUCCUAGGAGGCCCUGCAUGGAUUGACUGAAGAUUUUUUGUCUACAACGUGUUCUUAACCUCAAAUCCGCAUUAUUUUUAACAGCUAAUUAUAAUUACUAACAUGGUGUUACAUUUAAUAAAUGUUUAUAAACAUUGUUUUUAUUUUAACAUGUCCAGAAGCAAUUAUAGUGAAUUAUAUAUAAUUUGUUAUAAUAUUGUUUAUUUUAUAGUAUCUGCAUUGGUAUGCAAUUCUAGCUCCAAUGUAAAGAUCACAUUAAAGAAUUAGAAAUCUAUCAUGUAAUAUUAGGCUAC